UUUUCAGAGAAGAUGUCAAAGCAGAGGGUGACUUCAAAGCAGAGCACCGAAUCUUUGAAUGAUGCUGUUUUGAUUAAAGAGUCAAAGAGAGACAAUGUGAUUAAAUUUAAUGAGAAGACUGAGGCAAAUGAAAGAGUAAAAGAAGAUAAAGAGAGACUUAGUACAACUGAAAACAAGGAUCAAUGCGGAAGAGUUAAGGAGAAAAUGUACAGUUUAACACCAAGAGAAAAAUUACCUGCACAUCUUGCCCAAAGUGCUUUUGGUCAGAAUUGCAAUAAAGACACUUUAACUCGUGCCUUGAUUAUUUCUAAGACAUUAGAAGAUGAAAAUGAUUUGUGGUCACAUCUCAUUGGUAUUGUUUCAGAUGUUAGAUUUCGUGUUACAUCUUUUGACACCAAUCCCGUAAACAGGACAACAACUGUUGUUUUUGAUUUUAAAACCGAUGCAGAUGCCUCGUCAUUUCAAAGAUGCUUGGAACAAAAUGAUAAAGAGUUGGGUUUUGGGUACCAAUUGAAAAAAGGAACUUCCGAAGAAAAUAAUCCAAAUACAAAGUUAAUGGGGAAUAAUAAAAAACUGCAAAACUUGAAAGAAAAGGCUGAGAAAAUAUUACAAAGACACCAAGGUAAACUUAAAGAGGUUGAAAAAGAAACACACAUUUUAGAUGAGGUCUGUUCAAAGAAGAAGAAAAAAUUCAUUGAUAUGUCACUUCAUGAGCAAAGAGAAGCUCAACGAAAAGCGUUAAAUGAUAAAAACAGAGAGCUUAUUCAACAACAGAGUGAAUUUGAAUUAUGUUCAUCAAAUGUUAUACAGAAAAUAGAGUCUGCUACACAACACGUAACGCAGAAGGAUACUGAUUACUUACUGAAGAGAUAUGAAAUUGAAUGCACAAGACUAGAACAAGCAUUGCCUAUUUAUGCAAGAAGAACCCAAAUUGUCGACACGAUUCUUGAAAACCAGGUAUCUAUCAUUCUAGGAGAAACUGGAUCCGGAAAAAGUACUCAAAUAACUCAAUACAUAUUGGAGUCAGAAUUAAGUUCCCUUGGAAAAAUCAUUUGUACACAGCCACGAAAAGUAGCAGCGAUUAGCCUUGCUGAAAGAGUUGCAAUUGAACAGAAGACAAAAGUAGGUGACCUUGUGGGUUAUCAAGCUGGAAUGAAAUCAAAGCUGAGUAAUCAGUCUAAGGUAUUGUACAUGACUGACCACAUGCUUUUGAAUGAGUGUCUCAAAGAUCCUUUGCUGGUGGAGUUUUCCUGUGUUGUGAUUGAUGAAGCUCACGAAAGAAGUGUUUAUACUGACCUCCUGCUGGGAAUGAUCAAAAAGUGUUUACCACAACGACCAAAGCUUCGUGUUGUGGUCACUUCUGCAACAAUAGAUCCAGACGUAUUUGUGCAAUACUUUGGAGGAUCCGAUAUUUGCCCGGUCUUAAGAGUUUCUGGAAGAAUGUUUCCUGUUGAUAUUGAAUGGUUAACUAUGUCAACUGGUGCUGAUGUGGCUGAUAACUAUGAAAUUAAAGCUAUCGAAAAAGCAGCAGAAAUUCACAGAAAGAAACCACCUGGAGAUAUAUUAGUGUUUUUAACAUCCCAACUCGAAAUUGAGCAGUGUGCGGAAAAAAUAAAUGUAUUACUGAGAGGGCGGAAAGAUCAUUGGAUUUUACCUUUACAUGGUAAACUUCAAACUGAAGAACAGAAUUUAGUAUUUAGGGAAUCACCAAAAGGAACACGAAAAAUUGUGCUUGCUACAAAUGUAGCCGAAACAUCAGUGACAAUACCUGGUGUAAAGUAUGUAGUUGAUACCGGGGCUGUUAAAGAAUUAUCGUAUGAUCCAAGGAAGAAAAUAAGUGCAUUGCGUGUUGUGAAAGUUACCAAAAGUUCUGCUGACCAGAGGAAAGGAAGGGCUGGAAGAACCGGACCUGGUAAAUGUUAUAGACUUUAUUCAAAGGAAGAUUACGACAUAAUGUACCCGACAUCUAUACCAGAAAUUCUGAAGAUACACUUAGGUCAUGCAAUUCUUAAGCUUUUGCAACUGGAUGUUGAUCCAUUAGAAUUUGACUUUGUACAAGCUCCAGAGAAAGUUUCUAUGGAAAACGCUUUCCAGCACCUCAAUAAACUUGGAGCCAUUGAAAAUGGGAAAAUAUCUCCUUUAGGAAGGUGGAUUGCAAAACUUCCAUUUGAACCAAGUUUAGGAGUUCUUGUACAUGACGGCAUAGAUCGUAAUGUUGGCUUAGAGGGAAUCAUUAUAGCGGCCUCCUGCACAGUACCAGGGUCUUUGUUUUAUCGAGGCGGGACAACGUCACAGAAAGAAUUAUCGGACAAGCUGAAAAUCCAAUUUUGUCAUAAGUUUGGAGAUCACUUUACCAAUCUUAGUGUUUUCAAAGAAUGGCACAAAGUUCCCGCAAGACAGAGAGGUAAAUGGUGUAGAGAUAAUUCAAUAAAUGGAAAAGCUAUGAGAAACAUUGACGAUGCUACAGAGGAACUUUUAUAUACUCUUAGGAGAGACCUGUCCAUCAACAUAAAAUAUAAAUUUACAGAUGCUGUAGAUAGAGAUAGAAUUUUGCAGAAACUACUGUUUAAAUCAUUUCAAUGCAAUGUCUGCUUUUUUCUUGGACAUGAAAAAGCUGGCUACUUCUUUAUAGACAAAGGACAACAGGUGAUUGUUCAUCCAUCGUCUGCCUUUCAGUCUCUUGCUUCUUACCCUAACUGGGUUAUUGUCGAGAGGGUGAUGCAAACUUCACGUGAUUUUGCCCUAAAUAUCACAGCUGUAGCGGAUGAAGAUGUCGAAGAAGCACUGAAUGAUGGUUCUCUGGACUUUGAUAUUGAUGCCGUGGAAAAGAGAAAGGUUACACAAGUUUUGACGGAGUAUGUUGGUGUUCAAGUUCACAGAGAAAUUGUUGGUCCAAGAUAUAGCAAAGUAAAAGCAAUGCAAGAAAAUCUAACGACAAAAUGCAAGAACUCCGUGUUCGUGAUUGAUGCAAAUCGUGAUAAAGGAGAAAUUUCAAUUUUUGCGCCACUGGCUGACCAAGAAAUUUCCUUUAAGACUCUGCAAUUAGCAGUUGAUCCUAUCAGAGAAAAAGUAAGGAAUGAAACGGUGGAACAUCCUUUGGUUUCAGAGUUUCACGGAGUAAGGAUCUCCAUAGGAGCAGGAGGGCUAAUCCAUGACCUGUUAUAUCAGGAUGAAUACAAAAAUGUGUUUAUUUUCGGUAAUGCAAAUGCUUUCUAUUCUGACGACGAAAUGGUACAUUGGUUUGAACGUUUUGGAUCAAUCCGAGCUUUCAUACCUAAAUCUCCAAACAACACUAAUCCUAAAUAUCUUGGCCAGAUCGUAUAUGAUAAAUCUGAAUUCGCUAAAGCGGCAGUAAUGGAAACACGUGGGAAAACAUCAGAAAUUUCUGCAAAACCACCGAAAGGGAUUGGGAAAUGUGAAGAAGCCGAUCUACUUAAGGCAAGGCUGAGUUGGUGUAGAAGAAAGUCAAAAGGAUUUGCUUUUGUUGAGAUGCGUGACAAACACAAAAUAGACGACGUCAUAAGAUCAAGAUUGUUCAGCAACAUGGUUGUUGCAGGGAAACGAGUAAAGAUACAGCGAAGUAAAAAUAAUCCAAAUAAAGAACUGCAUGUAGCAGGCUUGGGUGAACUUGUUAAUGAAGAUGUUUUACACGAAAGUUUUCUGAAUUCUUUUGACAUUUCUGAAAAUGACAUUUUAAAAGUUGUUGUUAUACGGGAAAAAGUCAAUACAACACCAGAAAUGUUGUACAGUCUGAAAACUAGAUUAGAGAGUCAGUUUACACAGGAAACUAAUAUAAAGAAAAAUAGAUUCAAUGUCACUGUCAUUGAGCCCAAACCUGCUGCAAUUACUUAUGAGGCUUAUGUUACAUUUAAAGACCCAGAGGAAGGAUUUGGAGCAUGCUCAAGACUACACAAUAGAAUAUCCAUUGGAAAUGAUCCAGUAACUAUCACGCCAGAAAUACAUACUCGAAUCUUUGUUUUGGCGCCGGUCUUCAAACGAGUGGCAAUAAAUAUUGAAAGAUACUGUGAAGAAAUACAGAAUGAAGACGGUGGAAGGCAAUUGACUGUAACUUUACUCAAAAAUGGAAACUACAUGAUAGAUAUUGAUGCAGAUUGCAUUGAAAGUAUGGUAAACACAAGAAACAAAGUACAAAGAAUGCUUCAAGGUGAGACAAUUGACUUGGAAAACAUGCCAGCACUUCGGUAUCUGUUCACUUCCGACGGUCAAGAAAAGGUAGAAAAAGUAAUGAGAAAGACAAACACAUUAAUCUUGUUUGAUCACAGAAAUACGUCUGUUUCUGUCCAUGGUCAAAGUGAAGACCGAGGAAUAGCUAAAGAGAAGAUAAAAAAGUAUGUUGAAAAAAUGACUUCCUCCAAACUCCGUGUAAUUGACUUGAAAGGGGAAUCCAAACCACCAGGUUUAAUGAAGACAGUUGUAUUAAUGCAUAGUGUAGACCUUAGUGGCCUGAAGAAAGAGUGCGGUUUGUCAACGGUGGAACUUGAUCACAGGAGUCAUCGAAUUAAAAUGUUAGGUCGAGAUGAAGCGGUUGAGAAAGCUGUCCAAUGCAUUGAAGAGCUUACUGAUUGUUUGAGAAAAAAAUGCUCAGUUGUAGGUACUGAGCAACCGAAUUGUGGCGUAUGUUUUACCGAAAUAGCGGACAGCGAAAUAUACCGACUGGAAUCCUGUGGCCAUCCGUACUGUAGAGAUUGUAUAAAAUUCCACAUAGAAUCUUCUAUCAAAAACAAACAAUUCCCACUCAAAUGUUGUCACAUUGAUUGUGAUAUGCUUUGGGCAUGGAAGGAUUUUGUGAACAUGACAAAACAUGGAUUCUGUCGUCUUCAAAGUAUCCUGCAUUCGUCUGUGUCCAGUUUUGUUGCAGAAAACAAGGACAAAGUUCGAUAUUGCAUAACUCCAGAUUGCCCAAUGGUAUACAAAGUCAGCAAAGAAGGGAGGAGAAUUGUAUGCAGUGUUUGUAGAACUGGUAUGUGCAACAAAUGCCACAUUGAGUACCACAAUGGAGUAUCAUGUGCCAUGUACCAGAUGGAAAAUGGAAAUGAUGAAACGGGACUUAAAGAAUGGAUGCGCCGGGACCCUCAAAACAGGAAAUUGUGCCCGAACUGUUUUGCUGGAAUAGAGAAAAAUGGCGGUUGUCAGCGCAUUGAAUGUCGCGAUUGCAAGAGCCACAUUUGCUGGAUAUGCAUGGAGUUUUUCAAGACUAGCCGCGAGUGUUAUGGACAUCUGUAUAAAAAGCAUGGUACUCUUGUUUAGAGUUGAAACACUAACAUUCACAAUUUUUGAACGUUUUUCUCUGUCAUAACGAUAUCGAAUAAUUUUUAAGGAAAAAAUGAAAUGGUAAAGAUUUA